CGGAACAUUUCUGACAUGUUCAUACGUACCAUGUGUUACGUCCCGACCUUGUAAUUUCUUGGUUGUGUCCUACCCCCUGCGUGUUGUAAACAAAAAACAUGAGCUUCCGAGCUUUAGGCAGACUUGUACAGAAGUCAAAUGGACAAUGUGUCCGGUCUUUCAGCAAAAUCAGCGGAUUAAAUGACGUUGUGAUCGUGAGUGCUGUGAGGACACCCAUAGGAUCGUUCCUCAGCAGUCUCUCAGAACUCUCUGCCCCAAGGCUUGGCUCUGUCGCCAUCAAGGAAGCUAUCAACAGAGCAGGGAUUGACGGUGAUGCUGUGAAUGAGGUGUAUAUGGGAAAUGUUUGUCAGGCUGAUGAGGGACAGGCACCAUGUCGACAGGCUACCCUGGGAGCUGGUCUGCCAAUCACCACUCCAACCACGGCCAUAAACAAAGUGUGUGCCUCCGGUAUGAAGUCAGUCAUGUUGGCCAGUCAGAGUCUCAUGUGUGGACAUCAGGAAGUGAUGGUGGCAGGUGGGAUGGAGAGCAUGUCCAAUGUUCCCUACUACAUGACUCGGGGGCAGACACCCUACGGCAAGGUCGAGCUUAGGGAUGGUAUCGUGUCAGACGGCCUUACAGACGCUUAUGACCACAUCCACAUGGGUGUAUGUGCUGAGAACACUGCCAAGAAGUAUGGGAUCAGUCGGGAGGAACAGGACGAGUACGCCAUUAGGAGCUACAAACUCAGCCAGAAGGCUGCCUCCGAGGGCGUGUUUGAAAAGGAAAUGACACCAGUAGAAAUUCCUAAGAAGAAAGGUGAUCCAGUUGUUGUCAGUACUGAUGAGGAGUACAAGAAGGUCAAAUUUGAUAAAUUUGCAUCACUACGGACAGUAUUUCAGAAAGAUGGGACCAUCACAGCGGCCAAUGCCAGUACUCUCAAUGAUGGAGCAGCUGCCCUGGUGUUAAUGACAGCACAGGCUGCGGAACGACACGGGGUCAAACCUCUGGCCAGGAUCGUGGGUUUUGCUGAUGCGGCUAUCGCCCCGAUUGACUUUUCCACGGCACCUGCCCAUGCUAUCCCCAAAGUUCUGGCCAACACCGGGGUCAAAAAGGAGGACAUUGACAUGUGGGAGAUCAAUGAGGCCUUCAGUGUGGUCAUUCUGGCCAACGUCAAAGAGCUGGACAUUGAUAUGAACAAGAUGAACAUCCAUGGUGGAGCUGUCAGCAUCGGUCAUCCCAUAGGAAUGUCUGGAGCUCGUAUCACUGGUCAUUUGGUCCACAAUCUUCAGCCGGGACAGAAGGGAAUGGCAGCCAUUUGUAACGGUGGGGGUGGCGCAUCAGCCAUCUUGAUUGAGAAAUUAUAAUCAUGGACAAAAUUAAAACCAAAAAAUUGUGAUACAGAUUGACUAUGAGUUCCAGUAACAAAGUGCUUUGACUUGUACAGAAAUCAUUACAGAAGUGUGAGAGUGACAGUCUAAGGUUGAUCAACUUUAAUAUAGGUCUCAUAAGACCAUGUAUCUAGUACACAUUUUGUAAAUUAUAUAUGCACAUUUCAUCAGAAGACAGAGGAAUGUAUUUCAUCUAUAUAAUAGUUUCAUUUGCUGAUCUCUCUGGGUUUCUUACAUUACAUCUUCUCUACAUCCCACAAGAUUUAGUUCUCAAUUUUUGAGAAUAUUUAACAGUUUUUCCUUGAUUUUGACGUCAUUUUGUUACAUCCACUGCAUUUUGUUAUAAGUUUUGUUUUACAGGAUGACUUGGGAUAUGUAAUAAUACCAUGAUGAAAGAAUUACAAAAAUCUGCUGAAUACUUUAGUAAGUGGGAUAAAAAAAGCGUGAAAUUAAUCAUUUGCAGUGCAUAAAGAAAUAUCAAAAUAAGAAACAUUAGCCUUGUAUCAAUGGAUCUGUAAUGUGACACACAGCUAAAUUGUUUUGAUAUGAUAUUAAAUGUUGAUGUGAUAUACAAUGAAUCUCUUGUUCAUGAUCAAUGACUACAUAUCAAUAAAAGGGGGAAAAACACUU